GGCAGCGUCCGACAGGCGGGCGGGCAAUUUGUAAACAGAGCUAACAGCCUCCGUUUGUGACAGGUCAGCGUUUCUCCUCAGUACAGCUUUUAAUGAGAGAUUGUUUAAGGUCCAGCAUUUGUUUUAGUUGCUCUCUGUUUCAUUAACCGGAGAAGAAGUGAACGUUUUGAGGAGCGGCUGUCAUAGCUGUAAGUCAGCUGACCGGAUGACCCGCUGCUUCAUGUGAGGGCGGACAGGUAUGAUACUGCACCUCCUGGGGGGCAAGUCUGCGCUUAGAUCGGGACUUCAGCGGCUGAAGCGGGUCGGACGGAGGUGUUUCGGUGCGGCGCAGAGUGGCCAGGGUCCGGACGCACCGCAGCAGGAGGACAUGACCCGCAACAGACCUCAGAUCAGUCGGGUCCUCUGCGUGGCCGAGAAGAACGAUGCAGCCAAAGGCAUCGCAGGGAUCAUGUCCAGCAACAGGUUCAGAAAGAGGGAAGGGAUGUCAAAGUUUAAUAAAAUCUAUGAGUAUGAAUACCAUCUCUUUGGUCAGAAUGUGACAGUAACCAUGACAUCAGUAUCAGGCCAUUUACUGGGGAUGGAGUUUAAAGCGCCCUUCCAGAAAUGGCACAGCUGCAAUCCUGUGCUGUUGUUUGAUGCUGAGGUAGAGAAGUAUUGUCCAGAUAACAUGCUACAAAUCAAGCGCACACUAGAGAAAGAGGCGAGACAGUGCCAGGCCUUAGUCAUCUGGACGGAUUGUGACAGAGAGGGAGAAAACAUUGGCUUUGAAAUCAUAGACGUCUGCAAAACAGUGAAGCCCAAUAUACAGGUCUUUCGGGCAAAAUUUUCUGAGAUUACCCCCAACUCCAUUCGGAGAGCUUGUGAGACUCUAAUGGAGCCGGAUGCUAACAUCAGCGAUGCUGUCGAUGUCCGUCAGGAGCUGGACCUGCGGAUAGGUGCGUCCUUCACUCGAUUUCAGACGCUUCGUCUGCAGAAGAUCUUUCCAAACUCUCUGGCAAAUCAGCUGAUCUCAUACGGCAGCUGUCAGUUUCCCACUCUGGGCUUUGUGGUGGAGCGCUUCAAGGCCAUUCAGGCUUUCAUACCUGAGACUUUCUACAAGAUCAAAGUGCUGCAUGAAGUGGAGGAGGACACUGUGGAGUUCAGUUGGAAAAGAAACCGUCUCUUCAACCACACAGCUUGCCUGGUGCUCUACCAGAUCUGCAUGGAGAAUCCCAUAGCAACAAUCACCUCAGUAACCAGCAAACCAAAGAACAAGUGGAGACCGCUGCCUUUGGACACUGUGGAACUGGAGAAACUGGUAUCUCGGAAGCUAAGAAUAAAUGCCAAAGAGACCAUGAAAAUUGCAGAAAAGCUUUACACCAAUGGGUUUAUAAGCUACCCCCGUACAGAGACAAACAUUUUUCCUGAAAGCCUGCCUCUCAGCCCCCUAGUGGAGCAGCAGGUACUAAGCCCCAUCUGGGGCACGUUCGCCCAGCGGGUGCUCGACCAGCCUGGGGGUCCCAAACCACGGCAGGGCAAGAAGUCCGACCACGCCCACCCCCCCAUACACCCCACCAAGUACUCUAAUACACUGCAGGGCAAUGAAGGACGCGUGUACGAGUUUAUUGUCCGGCACUUCCUGGCUUGUGUAUCCCAGGAUGCUUUGGGUCAGGAGACUGUGGUGGACAUAGACAUCGCCCAGGAGAAGUUCUCCACCUCGGGACUAAUGAUCAUUGCAAGGAACUACCUGGAUGUUUACCCGUAUGACAGGUGGAGCACUAAGCUGAUUCCAGUGUAUGAGCAAGGCUCCCAGUUUCAGCCCUCUGCUAUCAAGAUGGUGGACGGACAGACCUCUCCUCCGCUGCUGCUCUCUGAAGCCGACCUCAUAUCACUGAUGGAGAAGCACGGCAUCGGCACAGAUGCAACCCAUGCUGAUCACAUCGAGACUAUAAAGAGUCGCAUGUAUGUGGGCUUGACAGAUGACCAGAGGUUUCUCCCGGGAGAGCUCGGCAUGGGACUGGUGGAGGGUUACAACUCCAUGGGCUAUGAGAUGUCCAAACCAUACCUGCGGGCUGAAUUGGAGGCAGACCUCAAGCUGGUAUCAGAGGGCCGGAAGGACAAACAGACCGUGCUGCAGCACCACCUCCAGAAAUACAAGACCGUGUUUAUUGAGUCUGCCAAGAAGGCAAAGAAGUUAGAUGAAGCCCUGUCACCAUAUCUGGGUGCAGCUCAGCAAAUCACUGAAACAGAACAGCAGGAAAUGGAGAUCUCGCUGCCGGUCAGGAAGUGCCCUGGCUGUGGGCGGGACAUGGUGCUGAAGACAAAGAGGGAGGGAAACGGUAAGUACCUGUCCUGCGUGGGCUAUCCAGCCUGUAAGACAGUAGUGUGGUUCCCUGAAACGGUGCUGGAGGUCAGCAGAGAUGACACCAUUUGUCCCACCUGUCGGCCACACCCUGUUCACAUGUUGAAGUUUCAGUUCCGCAGGGGCAGCCUCCCUCCCAUGAUGCCUUUAGACUUUGUUGGCUGCAUCGGUGGAUGUGACGAGACGCUCAGAGAGGUGCUGGACCUGAGAUAUCUCCGAGGGAGGGGGAGGGAGACGGGACGAGCCUCACAGAGCCCCAAAUUCAAAUCCUCGGCCUUCCCUCCCUCCCGUCCCCUCCCGUCCCGCCCCCCUCCCGUCCCCUCCCGUCCCGCCCCGCCACGACCUCUACCGGCUGAGGGCAGUGUCAGUGUACACACCAACAGUGAUGUCAUUGUGUGUAACUGUGGUCAAGAGGCACUCCUACUCACAGUGCGCAAGGAAGGUCCCAACCAAGGUCGCCAGUUCUACAAGUGCAACAAUGGGAGCUGCAACUUCUUUCUGUGGUCCGAUCAGCCAAGUCAGCAGGGGUCUCUGCCGCAAGCACCACAGACCUUCCAGCCUCCGAGGCCCUCUCUGGGGUUCAGGAACACUGCUGGAGGAGGCAGAGGGCAGGAAGGGGGUGCAGGAGGAAAUGUGGGACAGACGAUGUGUAACUGUAAUGAGACGGCGGUGAUGCGCACGGUGCAGAAAGACGGUCCAAACAAGGGUCGGACAUUCUACACCUGUGGGAAACCAAGAGACCAGCAGUGUGGCUUCUUCCUGUGGGCUGAUGAAAAUGCCACUCCACCAGGUGAUUUUGGUGGUGGAUUUAAUGGUGGUGGUGGAGAAGGAGGGAGGAAGGCAUCGAGGAUAACGGGAGAUGCUUCUGCUAACAAACCUCCAGCUGCUAAGAAACCUCGUACCUGCAGCAUCUGCCACAUGCCGGGACACAACAAAAUCAGGUGUCCCCAGCGGUGACAGCUCAUUAAAGACACUGUGGAGUUAUCGAAGUCUAUGACUUGAAAGUGUGAAGUCAGAUUUGAUUUUUCAAAUAUGCAUCAACUCUGAUUGUAAGUACCUCUUCAUAGGGGGUGGAUGUCUUCUUCUGGUAUAGUAACAUUUAACCAAGAUCCUGUAAAGUUACAUUUUGAAAGUUAAAAAAGGGCAAAAGCAGUUUUAAGAACAAAAGUCACUUAACAACUACAGCUCUAAACAAAGUUAAAGUAUUGUAUUAACCAGCCGUAGUUGUGCAGCAUAUUCAGCUCUGUGGUAUAAAUGAGGAAUGACAUUUUGUGUCUCAAGUCAACAGAAACUAGACCUUUUCUUUAUGUCUUAAUCCAGCUGUAAUUUUUCAAGUCUCCUCAGAUCUGCGCUCUGUUUGUUCAAGAUGAAUAGCUCCUUUCUGGGGUCAACCUUUACUGUCUAUUAGGUCCUGUCAGAUGCCAGCCAGUUUCUAUCCCAGAAUCCUGAUAGGAAUUCAGCAUUUCAGAAAAUACGCAAAUUCACUCUCUUGCCAAGUGUCAGAUGAGAGGUUUUAUACCACCAUGUUAAAUAUAAAAAAUGUGAUUAACACGUUCUAUCUUCUAUGUUUAAUCCAUACAAACCAAACAGUUUCACACUGUUUUACAAGGGCGGUUAAUGCCAGACUAUUAAGUUUAUAAGCGUAUUUCCCAAAAUGUCAAACUUUUCCAUUAAAGCUCAGUGCAGCGUUCAUGAACAGACACAUGCUAUACUCUUUAUACUUUGACUGUCUUUUGCUGCCAGAGGAAAAAGCUCGGAGUACAUUGAGGAGUUGAAUCACUUGCAGUAACCUGAAGGUGCUCAACAGUUAAUGGGAAAUUUGCUCAGCUGGUCUUGGAUCAAAUGAAUCCUCCGUCUGUUGUGUUUCUCUGCAUCCACAAUCCUGACAGCCUGCCUGAGAUCAGCUGGAGGAGGGUGAUUUUGACACAGAAGCUGAAAUGUGAAUUUUAGAGAAAACGUAUUUGCACACAGUUUAUUAUUAUUAAUAAUAAUAAUAAUAAUAAUAAAUAUAAUAAUAUUAAUAAAUUAGUUUUAAUCACUUAAGUGUCUUGAACAGCAGCCAGUAGCUACCAAGGUGGUUGUUUAUGUUUUUACAUUGUAAAUUUAGUGACGGCAAAAUAAAAAGCAAACAGUUGGCCUCUCUCUUGGUAGUUUGGGGAAUUACCAGAAAGAUUUCCAUUUUGAUAUUUAUGAAUGCUAAUAAACAUACGUUUUACUGUA